AAAGCAGAGGGUAAUUGAGAAGUCAGAACCCCCACCUUUUGCUACAUAAAUAACCGCUUUCAUUCCGCUUCUGUAAAACUGCUUAUGCGCCCCACCCUAGUCGGAAAGUCCCCAGCCGCUACGCAACCCGGGCCCCAAGUUGCAUCAGCCGCUUCGCAACCCGGGCUCCAAGUUGCAUCAGCCGAAAGAAACUUCAUUUCCCAAGCUUCCCCGGGACGAAAUUACCCACAACCCCAACCACCACCGAGCAGAGAGCCUAUCGCCAGCCUGUAUGCAAAUGUAACUCAAAAUGGUAUAAAAGACCUGUAACCCCGUUUAUCGAGGCUCUCCCGCUUUCCAACACUGGGGAGCCCUGGUGCACCAGUAAAGACUCUCUGCCGACGUCGGAGUGCCGUGUGGUUCUUUGCGCCAACUCUCAUUCCAUAGGGCUUAGGAGCUUGGCUCCUAACAUUUGGUGCAUUGGCCGGGAAUCGAGGGAAGGCAAGAGAACCCCGGCCCCGUCGGUGGAUGACUCUCCGGCCCGGGCCACUGACGGACUGACUGAAGACAGACUUCUGUGCCUUUGUCUACACACAGGUUAAGACGAAGGUAAUGGAUCCCGGACCACAAGGUCAUCCAGAUCAAGUAGCCUAUAUCCUCACUUGGGAGGAUCUCAUUCGGAAUCCUCCGGCAUGGAUGAAACCCUUCCUCCCUUCCUACCCCCUAUCUCAAUCUACCCUUCUUCCCCUGAAAACCUCAAAAGACCGAGCCUCAACCCAAACUCCAGAUCCGCCCACACCGGUUUUUCCCGAUGAGUCCCAAAGGGACUCCCUCCUCCUAGACGCUUUGUCCUCGCCGCCCUACAACCCCCUCUUACAGCCUCCACCCUAUAAUCCGCCCCUGGCCCCCGCCUUGACCCCGGUGGCCCCUACUUCCCCUCCUGCCUCCAGUUCCUCCUCCCCCUCCUCUCCCGGUCCUGUGGCCGUGCGUCCGGGGCCCGAGCCGCGGCCCCGCCCCCGCUCCCCGCUGGCGAUCCCGGCCCCCCUUUUGCCCUGUCGGGGCGGCUCGCGCCGAGGCCGAGUCGCGCGCGGGGCUGCGCCCCGGGGAUGCGUGCCCCGGCGGCGGCCCGCGGGACGCCGCGGCGUCGCCCGCCGCUGCGCGUGCGGUGCCCCGUGCCGCGCGGUCCCGUGGGCCGUCGUGGGGGGUGGAGGUUGUGGAUCCGGAGCGCCGUUGGUCUCGCCGCCUUGCCCCGGGCGGCGGCCGCGGCGGUCUGGCCGUGGCCCCCUCACCCGCCCGGACUGGGACUAUGAAACGGCUCCAGGUAGGGAGAGUCUCCGAAUCUAUCGCCAGGCUCUGUUGGCGGGUCUCAAGGGGGCAGGGAAACGGCCCACCAAUUUGGCCAAGGUAAGGACCAUAAUUCAAGGAAAAGAGGAAAGCUCCAACGGCUAGAUGGGAUUCAAACCUAUGGGUUGCAGGAACUAGUUAGGGAGGCAGAAAAGGUAUAUAACAAGAGGGAAACUCCAGAAGAACAGGAGGCUAGGCUAGCAAAAGAGCAGGAAGCACAGGAGGAACGAAGAGAUCGAAAGAGAGAUAAACGUCUAACAAAAAUCCUGGCAGCUGUAGUGACAGAAAAUAGAACAGGAAAGUCAGGGGAAACGAAGAGGCGGCCCAAAAUAGAAAAAGACCAAUGUGCCUAUUGCAAAGAGCGCGGGCACUGAAUCAAAGACUGCCCUAAGCGCCUUAGAGACUCAAAGAAAUCUACCCCCAUACUCACCUUGGGCGAAGAGAGAGAGUAGGGGCGUCAGGGCUCUGGAGCCCCCCCGAGCCC